UCUGGGGCUGUCCAUCUUGGUGCCAUGCGGUGCCCAGAGGUCCCCUGGAUGGUGCGCAUGCGCCCGGCGCUCCUGCUGCUACUGCAGCUGCCGCUGCUCCUGUCACAAUGCGGGGCCACGAGCCCCCCGCACUACGACCCCACGUGGGAGUCUCUGGACCGCCGCCCGCUGCCCUCCUGGUUCGACCGGGCCAAAUUCGGCAUCUUCAUCCACUGGGGAGUGUUCUCCGUGCCCAGUUUCGGUAGUGAAUGGUUCUGGUGGUAUUGGCAAAAGGAAAAGAGACCCAACUUUGUGGACUUCAUGAACAAUAAUUACCCCCCUGGUUUUAAAUAUGAAGAUUUUGGAGUGCUAUUUACAGCCAAGUACUUUAAUGCCAACCAGUGGGCAGAUAUCCUCCAGGCCUCGGGUGCCAAAUACGUUGUCUUGACUUCCAAACAUCACGAAGGUUUUACCUUGUGGGGGUCACACUAUUCCUGGAACUGGAAUGCAGUUGAUGAGGGGCCCAAGAGAGACGUUGUCAAGGAGCUUGAGGCGGCCAUCAGGAACAACACUGACUUGCGCUUUGGACUGUACUAUUCCCUUUUUGAAUGGUUCCACCCACUCUUCUUGGAGGACAAAUCCAGUUCGUUCCAGAAGCGGCAAUUCCCCAUUUCUAAGACGUUGCCUGAACUCUACGAGUUAGUGAACAAGUACCAGCCGGACGUUCUGUGGUCAGACGGAGAUGGCGGAGCACCAGAUCACUAUUGGAACAGCACAGGGUUCUUAGCCUGGCUGUAUAAUGAAAGCCCCGUUCGGGACACAGUAGUCACCAAUGACCGUUGGGGGGCUGGCUCCAUCUGCAAGCAUGGUGGCUACUAUACCUGCAGCGACCGGUAUAACCCUGGACAUCUUUUGCCCCACAAAUGGGAAAACUGCAUGACAAUAGAUCAGUUCUCUUGGGGCUACAGGAGGGAUGCUGGAAUCCGUGAUUAUCUUACAAUUGAAGAAUUGGUGAAGCAACUUGUGGAAACGGUCGCAUGCGGAGGAAAUCUUCUAAUGAAUAUUGGUCCCACACUAGAUGGCAUCAUCCCUGUAAUUUUUGAGGAGCGAUUAAGGCAGAUGGGAACGUGGCUCAAAGUCAAUGGGGAGGCUAUUUACGAAACACACCCUUGGAGGUCUCAGAAUGACACUACCACUCCAGAUGUGUGGUACACAUCUAAACCUGAGAGAAAAAUAGUGUAUGCUAUUUUUCUUAAGUGGCCUAUCUCAGGAAAGCUAUUUCUCCAACAACCCGUAGGUAGCCUGGGGGAAACAGAGGUAGCACUACUGGGUCACGGGAUGCCACUGACCUGGACUUCUUCAAAGCCAAGCGGGAUCAUAGUGGAGUUGCCACAGCUGAGCUCUCAUCAGAUGCCCUGUAAAUGGGGAUGGACUCUCGCACUAACUAAUGUGACUUAAGUUGCAGCUGAGAGACGUAUGCCACAGGUACCUCUAACCCCAGGAAAUGGCAGGUUUUUUAAUAGGAACAUUAACGAAAUCAGGGUAAAAAUGAUAAGAAGAAGCAAGUCAUUAGGUGAUACAGCCUCCUCUCCCUCUCGUCCUAAAUUGCCCGGGUUAUUAUCUGAACAUUUCAUUGCUUUCCUACAAAAGCUCCUCUUGGCUGAAUUCAUUUCACCGUUGAAUCCCAGGUGGCAAUCCGUUCUAGAGAUCUUAGAAACUGAUGAUGCCAUGGGCUGAAGUCUCUCCCAAGUUCUAGUCUUAAUACUGAAGCCCUAACACCUCACUGUGGCUGUAUUUGGAAACAGAACAAUUAAAGAGACGGUUAAGACUAAACGGAACCAUAAGGCUAUCCCUAAUGCAAUAGGAUUUGGUAUCCUAUGAUGCAGGGACACAGCGGAAAGCCAUGCAAAGUGAUGGCAAGAAGGCAACCAUUUGUAAGCCAAGAAGAGUGCAGAAGGAACCAAAUCUCCCAACACCCUGAUCUAGGACUUCUGGCCUCCUGGAGCGUGGGAAGGAUAACUUCCUGUUGUUGAAACCAUCCAGGAUGCUUGAUCUCCCCCACUCAUUAUUAUCAAACCCUCAUAUGAAAUGAGGGCAGUAUGUAAUAAAUUUCAUUGGAUGUAUGUUUCCAAUAAAUUCAAUAAUGAUC